UGUGAAGACUCUGGGCCAGCGCAAAUAGUGAGCUCAGACAACACUGGCCCGUUGGAUCGGUCUCAGUCCCAACAGCAUUUUUCGCGCUAGCGUUUGACUCUCGCUCGAUCACUCGACCACCGCCCGAAUGAUCGAUGGUCGACGCUCCGGACGGCGGUGUGCGCGCCAACGGCGAGGCCACCUCCUCCCACUCAUCUUCCGGCGAGGAGCAUGCUCCCCCGGCCGUACUCUGCGGCUUCGUCAACGGUGGCCAGCCGCUGCCCCGACGCCCCCUGGACGAGGCGACGCGCGCCGGUGAGAGAUGGUGGCCGCGCCAGACGACGGAGGACGCCGCGCGCCGCCUGGUGACGUGGACUAGGGACGGCGGCUCCGUCCGCGCGCUGCUCGUCGUGUCGGUUGGAUCCGUGGCCUCCGUACCACUGACUGUCCUCCUGGUCUUCACGUUCCUCCUCGCGGCGGCGACGACGACCGCCAUCGUCACUUCGAUCGUCAUGUCCCUGGCUGCCGCCGGAGGAUUCAUGUCUGUGCUAUUCGCUUUCGCGGCGGCGAUGUACGUCGGGGCAGUGUCAGUCGCCAUCCUUGUUAUUUCAGCAACGACCGUGGCAACAGUCGUUGCCAUCACGAUUGCCAGUGGUUGGGUCGCGUUCUUCUGGAUUCUUUGGUUUUCUGCUAAGAGAUGCAUGGGCCUUGCUUAGUUCUAAGAGAUCAGUAGGCACGACAAGCUAGCGAUCAGAUCUACGGCUGUCUGUAUAAGAUAGAUAAAUCAUUGCAAUGAUGUGAACCAUGUGAAGCUAGGCAUCUAGCUAGCUAUGUGAAUAAUAGGCUGCUCUUUCUUUACAACAGCGUAGAUCAGGGAUUCAUGUAAAGUUCGUCCUGGCAUAUGAUUUUGUUGUUAGUUUUCA